AUGCUUGUCAGACAGCUACGUGGCCGUCUGGCAAAGAGAGAGCUUCGAAUCCAAGCACGAACGAUGACGCGCGUUCUUCUGCUCGUGGCAGCGCUCGCGACGGCUUCCGCCCGCAGCGAAGUCAUCAACCAGUCGGCCAAGCGCACGCUUGACUUGACCAAGCACGUCGUACACGAAUACACUGAGUUCCAGUUCUCCGAUACUGACGCAGCAGUGCACGAGUACGAUGUGGCGUUCCCCCACGCGCUGGAAAUGCACCUGGCGAAUGUCUCUGCCCGAUGUGGCAAAGCUCCGUGUGAGAUUGUGCCGGCUGCGUCGAAGAAGGACGCGGCCAAGACGUCUGAGGACGCGGCGCUCUACACGGUGCUGCUCAAAAGCCCGUUGCGAAGGGAGAGACGGGAUUGGUGA